AUGGUUGAAUGGUAUUGUGCAACUGGUUUUCUUGUUGGUCCAAAACAAGUAAUGACUUGUUAUAAUGCAAUUAGACCAAUCAGAUUAGUAAAUGGAAAAGAGUAUAAACUAGAUCAAGUGUAUAUCUAUUUUGAAGAGAAUGCAACGAUUGAUGAAGAAUUGGAUCUAUCAGAGAUUGAAGGGGAAAGGGGUGUAUACAAAUUACUGCCUCUUGAUAGAAUGGUAGAUCAAUACUUUGUAGAAAAGAUGGUCAUUGAAGAAAUACAAAUAGAAUGGAAUUAUCUAAAUGACUUUGCUGUACUUGAAUUUGUACCUGACAAAGUGCCACCAAACAUUCAAUACCUUGUACCAUCGUAUCAUCAACAAAUUAAAGAGUUUCAAUAUAUUCAUGUUUUUGGAUACCCAGACGAUACUAGUCGAGAACAAUUCAAAGAGUAUUAUCACAAUCGUGAUGAAUAUAACAACAAAAAAGUAGAUCUAUACAAUCAAGUAAAAAGAGAUACUAGAUUCUUUCAAAGAAAGAUUGUUUCAGUUUCAAAUAGUGGUACAUUGGCAAGUGACAAUACACCAUUGUCGAUGGGUACCCAUCGAUGUUUGACACUUGGUGGAAUGUCUGGUGGACCUAUUGCAACAGAUCAAUCUGGUUCAAACAAAUUUGUUGCAAUGCAUCUUGGCAGGUUCAAAUCUAUCGACCAUGCCUUUUCAAUUUGUAUAAAUAAUCCGGCAUUUGUAUAUAAUUAUUUCCGUCAUGUUGCAACCAACCAACAAUUUAUCAUUCAACAUGGUCUUGAACAAUAUAAACAAUAUUAUGAUCAAAUUAAAUUAAAUCAUCCAAAAGGUAAUGAAUGGUAA